GAGAGGGAGGGGGGAGAGAAGGAGGAGGGAGAGGGCGGGCGCGCCGCCGGAGGGUUCGUGCCCGCGCUCCGCCGCCGCCGCCGUCGUCUCCGUGGCUGUCGCCGCCGCCGCCGCCGUCUCCGCAGUGAGGUCACGGAGGAGGGGGGGGGAGAGGGCGGUCCCUGUGCGGCGCCGGUUCCGCUCCCCGAAGGCUGCCGGAGCCCCCGCGGUGCCGGAUUAUCCGGGCCAGAGCGGCAGAACUCGGUGUUAGCGCAAGCCAUGCCUUUAGCUGGUGGCCUGGAGCUUCCCUGUAUUGCUAAUAACUCGGGCUGGGAAAAUCCUGACACACGCCCGGUGACAUCUGUGCAAAAGGUGACUCUCCAGGGACGUUGAGGUUUUUCUGGCCGGCGAUCUAGGCUGGCCUUUAAAUUUGGGGUUUUAUUUGUGAACUGCCAUAGUGACUCUCGACGAUGGUGGUGAAAUCGUGAAGUUGGCAGCACAAUAGAAGCAAAGCCCGGAAGAUUGUGUUUGAUCUCCGGAGAACUGAAAGUGCUGAAUAAAAUUUUCAGGCAACUUCAAACUGCGUUUUUUUGGGACCGGUUGCGUUAAGAUCAGCGUUCUACAAGCUGAGAACAUUUUUCUAUUUUAAUAUUUAAAUAGAGACUUAUUCGAAAAGACAGUAUAUUUUUUAAAGGAAAAAAAAAUUAUCAAGGAUGGACACUCUUGCACCAGUGGAUUGUUUUUUACCAGAUCACUGUGUAAGACCACUGUGUGAAAUAGUGGAUAGGUUAUGAAGAAAAGCCUUUUGUAUGCAUAUUGCAGUGGGUUUUUUCUAUGAGAAAAUUGAACAAAUACCUAUAAAACUAAAGCAAAAAAACUGUUAAAAUCUCUUUGUUAACAAUUGUACGGUAUUACAUGCAAAAUGGGUUGCAAUUUUUACUGUUGGACACUGAAGAAGUGACAUUUUGCCAAAAGGAGUGCAAAACUUGGUGUACCUGAGGUCAUCAAGAUCACUUGAAAUUUUAUUUUUUUUUUUCUGAACAAGAUGCACAUUCAAGACUUUAACUAAUAAAGUUCUGGUGUUUAGCAAUGGAAAGCCCGCAGAUAAACUUCUCUCUAGGUCUAGUUUCAGACCAAAAAAGGAGCGGGAUCCAAGAGGAUGGGAGUCCUCCAUUAAAAAAAGCAAUGACGGAAAUGCAUGUAAAUAGCAAAGUACGAGUUGUAAUUAACAAAUUGCCAACAAUAAAGAAGGAAAACUUGGAUGACUAUGGCGAAACUCCCGUGGAGGCUGAUGGGGAAACCGCCAAGCCAAACAGUGCUUCACUAUCUGAGCCUUUGAGUUUAAAUCCAGGUUUGAAACACACGUUGGCACAGUUCCACUUGAGCAGUCAGAGUUCUCUGGGUGGACCAGCAGCUUUUUCAGCUCGGUAUUCCCAGGAGAGCAUGUCACCUACUGUCUUCUUGCCUCUUCCAUCGCCCCAGAUACUUUCUGGUCCUCUGCUCAUUCCUCCAGACAGCUCUACAGAACUCACCCAGACUUUGUUGGAGGGGGAAUCCAUCUCGUGCUUUAAAGUCGGAGGUGAAAAAAGACUUUGCCUGCCUCAAGUGUUGAAUUCAGUUCUCCGAGACUUCUCCUUGCAGCAGAUAAACACGGUGUGUGAUGAGCUGUAUAUAUAUUGCUCGAGGUGCACUUCUGACCAGCUUCACAUUCUGAAAGUUUUGGGUAUUCUUCCGUUUAAUGCUCCAUCCUGUGGGCUGAUUACCCUGACGGAUGCUCAGAGACUAUGCAAUGCUUUACUACGUCCUCGCACUUUUCCACAAAAUGGCAGUUUUCUCCCUGAUAAGGACACCUUGGCCCAAUUGAAGGAGACUGGCAGUGCCUUUGAAGUAGAGCAUGAAUGCCUGGGCAAGUGCCAGGGCUUGUUUGCACCUCAGUUCUAUCUUGCACCAGAUGACCCGUGUAUCCAGUGCUUGGAGUGCUAUGGGAUGUUCUCACCCCAGACCUUUGUGAUGCAUUCGCACAGAUCCCCAGACAAGAGGACCUGCCACUGGGGAUUUGAAUCAGCCAAGUGGCACUGCUACCUGCAUAUUAACCAAAAAUACUUAGGAACGUCAGAGGAGCGGGAGCUGAAACAUCUCUUGGAGGAGAUGAAGGAGAAAUUUAGUGAGAAAAAUCAGAAAAGGACUCGGUCCAAAGCAGAUUCACAACAGAGCCUGGAAUUACCACAGUGGUACCCAGUAAUAAAGCAAGAAGCAGAAAGUGAUCCUCAGCCUCCCUCCUUUUUCCAUCCCAGUUACUACCUUUAUAUGUGUGAUAAAGUGGUUGCCCCAAAUGUGUCUCUUGCAUCACAAUAUAAGGAUAUCACAAAAACAACAGUUAAAGCCUCAGAAGUUAUUAAAUCUUCACCUGGACAGUCAGAGAAAAAGCUCAGUAGUGGAAAGCACAAAAAAGCAGCCUCUUAUCCAGAGCUUUCUCUUGAAGAACAGGAAAAAAUUGACUUGAAAACUGGUGUGGAGCAGCAUAAACAUUUAGAUCUACCUGUGUCAACUCGUCCUGCAAGAGGUGGAAAAUCUGAACGUAUUUCUUCCAGAAUCACUAGAGACUCUAGCCAUGUUGAAGUGGGUAAUGAUGUGAGAACCCUAUCCCCUACUCUCAUGAAAGACAUCAGUUGUGAAGAUGACAAGGGAAGGAUCAUGGAAGAAGUAAUGAAAACCUACAUAAAACAGCAGGAAAAGCUAAAUACUAUUUUGCGGAGGAAACAGCAACUUCAAAUGGAAGUGGAAAUGCUAAGCAGCUCUAAAGUUAUGAAGGAGUUAACUGAAGAGCAGCAGAAUUUACAAAAGGAACUUGAAUGUUUGCAAACAGAGCACGCUCAAAGAAUGGAAGAGUUUUAUUUUGAGCAGAGAGACUUGGAGAAGAAACUGGACCAAGUGAUGAAGCAGAAGUGUAGCUGUGACUCCACUUUAGAAAAAGAUAAAGAAGCUGAAUAUGCAGCACAGCUGGCAGAACUGAGGCAGAGAUUGGAUCACGCAGAGGCAGAUAGACAAGAGCUUCAAGAUGAACUGAGACAAGAACGGGAGGCAAGGGAAAAGUUAGAGAUGAUGAUAAAGGAAUUGAAGCUACAGAUCUUGAAAUCUUCAAAAAAUGGAAAAGGAAAAUAGAAAUUGGAAGAGGAAGCAUGACUGUGUCCUUCAAACAGGGUGUUUUGGUUUUUAAUGAAUGGUGAGCUUCUGUGUGAUUAAAAAAAAAGGUAUUACCCACAGAUUUCUAUUUCCCAGACAAGGCUAGAUGAAGAAAUACAUAUAUAUACAUAAAUAGAGAUAGGUAGGUAUUAAUUUUUAGAUUUUCCUAACCAACGAAAAUCUGGAUUUAUUUGUACUGGUGUUUUUCUCAAACAACGAAAAAUAUGAAACUGUUGAUUUAGAGUGACCAGUUUCUGUCUAUUUCUAAUCCAGUCUUGAUGACUCUAUGCCUUUUGACACUGUCUGAUAAAAUAUAUGUGGUGAUCUUUAUUUUGAUAUCAAUUGCACAUCCAGUUGUAAAAGUACACUAAAAACAUUCUGAAUUUUUCAAGGACAAAAAUAGUUUGGGUUUCAGUGAGAAUUAUGUGUUCUUGAACUGGGGAAAGUAAAGGCAGCUUUUCAUCUGUAUGGUAAUGCUCAAAAUUGACACAAUAAUAGAUGUUUGAUCAUCUAAAGUGAUUUACCAGUGUAAGUUUUCCCAUAAUUUCAUUGUGUGAAGUCAAGCUGAUCUUUUCAGUAUUUUCUAUCUGACAACUCGUCGUCAAUCUGAAGAGUUUUCGAGCCAGCAUUUGCUUGCUAUGCUGGAAAUAAAAACCAGCAGGGUUUUUCUGUAAAUUAAAAUAUUACAAUUACAAGGGAAUAUUUAGAAAUUAAAAAUUCACACAUUUUCUGUUGUUGUCUUCUAUAUGGUAGGUAUGAAAGUAACAUUAACAAAAGGCUUAAGGGUGGGGCUUUUCCCUCUAGAAACUGAGAAAGCUUGACUUUAACUGUUUUUCAGAUAGUAAUGCUUUCAAGAAAGAUAUUAUUUAUUUAAAAAUAUGUAUUAAUCUCUUUAGUACCCUAAGCCUCCACACUCUAAGCUUCUUGCCAAGUUGUAGAUUUUUUCAUUACAUAGAACAGGCCUUAAUUGACAUUCUGGUAAUAGCAUAAAGAUUAAAAUUCUGAGAUAUGGCACUUUGAAAAUCAUUUUAAUAGUCUCUGUAUUUGAAUGGCAUGGUAAUGUUACCAUGGAUUAAGAAAUACAGCAUGUUUGUUAAGCUAUAACAUCUGAAAAUGUGUAAUUGUACAGGAUUACUGUUUUAUGUAUAUAUAAUGUUUGAGUACUUCAGAAGUCUGUUUCCUAGUGGGUUAAAAGCAUGACUACAAAGUUGGAUGAAGAAAUACCUUUUGUGCACUUCUCUCCAAAAAGUUUGGUACAGCUGACAGGUGUUAGCUGGUUAUGUCAGUGACCAGGAAUAUUUUAAUAGUAUUUCACUCUGUACUUUUAACUUGUGCUUUAGCUUCUGGUUUUGAGGUGCCUAGGUUUAUAAUUUUCUUAGCAAUUCAGUUAAUUCUGGAUGAAGCCACUAGUAAAAGUAUACAGAUUUUUUUCUUCUUUUUUUUCCUGAACUGGUUAAAAUGAAAACUGAGUUGUUUUUUUUUUUUUUUUCUCUUCUGGUGAUAUAACAGGACUGAGUAUCACAGAGAAAGAUAAAAUUGCACAUAUCUUUAAACUGAAUGAGAAAUGAGGUGGUAAAUUAAAUGUCAUGGAAUCAUAGGAUGAUUCCUUUCUAGCUGUGUAUAGUUUUGUUUAUGGACUCUCUGUCGUAUUUACACUGACGAUUAAAGCAGUUGAGAUGGAAAAAUACUAAACCAUUUUUCUUGUCAGUGUUGAUCAGAAAAGAGGACCCAGAUUACAUUUUCCCCUUCCUCACCUCCAUCACCAAAUCAUUGCUUUAAAGAAAAAAAGCCUGAUUUUGCAGCAUAGUGGUGGUUUGACAGGAAAGGUGUUGAGUAUAAAUGAUGCUGGUUGUGUAUGUGCCACUUGCUUUAAAAACACAACGUUUGAUGGAACAAGCACCAGAAGCUUGGCUAGAGGGAGAGCAGGCAGGAAUGGUGAUUAUUAGGGAAUGGAGCUUGAUGUAGUCCAACUUGAUUGGCAGAAUACAUGGGAUAAGCUAGAGGGGCAAGUAGGAAAGCCUUGGGAAGCUGAAAAGUGUCAUUGGGGUAUUACCAAAUACCAGAAGAUGGCAUUUCUAGUGGCUUUUCAGCAUCAGUGUCUUGAACCCAACUUGCUGGGUUGCCAGUGUAGAUAAGGCCAUGCAGGCUCAUUUCAUACAGCUGCAGUAACUCAUUGACCACAGUAUUUAUAGCUUAGCUCUUGAAUGUAUAGAAUCCUCCUGGGAUUAUUAUUAUUAGAUUAGAAUACUGCAUAUUCAGUUUUCCUUCAGGUCUUGUCUAUAUUAUGUGACUUCUGCUCAAAUUCCCCCUUUUGCUGCCAGGUGGUCCUCAGCAGUGGGAGCACUGGGAUAGCCAUCCCUCCACCAUCCAUCCCUGCUGGAUUAUGCUGCAGACUACUGAAAUGCUGGUGGCCAUAGUCUGUACUAAGGUUUUCACUGUUGCAAGUACUCAAGCAGCUCUAUUAAGUUGCAGCAAUUCCAGCUGCAGAUAAGGCCUCCUAAUAGUUUUAAAACAUCUGGCUUAAAAAAAAAAGCUAAUGGAACGUUUAUUAAAAUAACCCUAAAAUUAGCUUUGUAAAUAUUCCAUUUAGUUAACCUAAGGUUAGGAUGUGUUUUAAACUAUUGUAAUCCUCUUAAAAUUACUAAAUAUUACUUUCAGGCUCUUUACAUGACAUAUAAUAAUUUUCAUACGUGUACACUUAAUUUGAUACUGAUUUUAAGUAAUAAUGUAUACAUAAAUGUGCCAUAGAUUUUGUGUGCUCACAGUCUUGGAAAGAUAGUUUUUUAGUAAAUUGUAAAUAGUGCUGUACUAAGUUCUAGAACAAAUAUAUGUUGACCUUUUUUUCACUACCUUAUGCUAGUUGUACUGAAUGGUUUCUUUUACUGCCUGGAACAGGAACUUGGAAUGCACACUUGAGGACCCUCACUUAAGUGCACACUUGAUGAUAGAAACUGUCUCUGUCUUUAGGUUCUCUUAGUCACAGCAUGCUCAUUUGAUGUAUUAUUAUUUGUUUUGCCUUCAGUUACUACUUGCUGAUCUUUGAGGCAGGAAGUUGUUUUCCCAGAUAGUUGUGACAUGAAACCUGUAGGAAAAAGAAAUCCUAAAAUUCUCUCUAAUAUUGAAAAUUGCAUUAUUAAGCACCUAGACCAAGAUCAAAGUUGCCUAGUGCACCUUUUGGGACAAAAUAAGUAGGUAUCAAGGUGAAUAUCUAGUUUGCUCCUAUACUUUUGUAAAAGAGAACUUUCACCUGCUUCGUAUACUUUAAUCAGCAGGAAAAUAGAAGAGCUUAGAGAGUAAAACUCUUGUAAUUUUGGCAGUCUGAAAGCACCCUUGUUGGUGAUGUAGCCAGGCAUCCCUAGACGAAAGAGAUUUUUAUCUAAAUCUCCAAACUUGUCUGUGUUCUAGUUUUUGUAAAGCUGAUCAUUUGAUUUGAGUAUUUAGAUAAAUGUAGUUAUGUUUUACGUUCUUAAACUAAUUUUAUUCUAUAUUUAAUAUAUUGAUAGCAUAGGUGUGAAAUCAUUUGUAUAUAGUAAAGGCAUAAUGCAAUUAGUGAAGUAGGAAAAAUUGACUGGGAGCAUAAAGCUACUGAUGGCCUAAAAAAUUAAGGUUUGGCCCAUAUUUUAGAAGUCACAAUGUUUUAUUCAUACAUUCUUGUUUUAUAUUGGGGGAGGGGAUAGCUAGAAUGUGUUAUGAAAAUUUUGGAAAACUUUCCUAGCAUUAGUUGUGAAGCUGGCCUUGAAAUGCUGUCAGGCCCAGCUCCCUAGAAUUCACUUGUUUGUAGAGUAUAUAUUUUGAUUGUCAGUAAAGAUAACAACUUUGUAUUUUUUCUGCACUUAAUUCAUGUAAUUAAUCCACACAGCAGAGUUUUAUAUAACACGAUGGAAGUCGACAAACAAGAUAAUUACCCUUACCUGUUAAUCUGUGCUUGCAGUAUUGCAGUAAUUUUAUUUAAGCUGUCAAUAGUAAGCAGCAGAAAGCUGCAAAUUGCAAUUUUCUUUUUGUAGUGUGAGUACUCAUCAGUUUUCAUUACAGAAAGCUUGUAGAAUUUUUUUAUUUGUUGCAUAUUUCUAUUUCAAAAAGACUUUUUUUUAGCUUUUGUUAGAGCAGUUGUUGCUUACAUAUUGCACAAUGAUUUUAUAGUGUAUCCAUUGAUUGGAAAAUUGUUUGGGUUUUUUUUUUUUUCAGGGUUAGUGGUUCAGUUGAAAAAUGAGUUUUAAGCACUUCAUCAAGCACAGCAAACAAAUGGUGUAAAAUUUUGCUAUUUGAAAAUUAAUUAAAUGUACCAAUAUCAACUGAAAUUUUUCUCUUCAAAUAUAGAUACCUCACUUAAAGGAAAGCACAGCUGUACUGUAUUGAAACUAAUUCUAGGAAAUAAUAAAAAGUUGGUCUAAAAUAUUUUGUUGCCAUUAUGUUGCUUUCUGUGAUUGACCAAAUCCAUUUUUGUGUUUUCAUACUCACUCUCAGAAGUAUUUAUUGAUGUUGACAUGCCAGUAUAAUUAUCUCCAAUUACAGAAAGUAGCUGCAAAACAACAGUCUGUGUUAGCUCAAGGCAACAGGUUGAAUGACUAUUCUGAAACCAUAGUAAAAGCCUGUGAAAAAUGAUCAGUGCAUUCAACAGUUUUUAAUACUUUGCCAAUGAUGUACAGUCUUAUUGUUAGAGUUGCUGUGGUUGCAUUACAUGACACACAAAACUGUCCUCUACCUCACGUGAGAUUUAACAGAUAUUUUAUAUGGUUUUAGUAAACAAGAGGCAUUUAUCUGGUCACUUAGUUUACAAAUUUUGAAUUAUAUUUAUUGAAACAUGACAUACUGUGCUCUUAGCUUAUACCUCAAUUGUAUUUUGUGCAGUUAUCCAUUUUCAUGCCUUGUAAAUACCUGUAUAGCUUGUGGAUUCAAAAACAAAUAAAGAACUGCAAUG